AUGUCAUUUCUCCUGGUUGUGGGGCUCCUGGUGGCUGGGCUCUGCCCCACUGUCCACAGCCUCCCAGAUGGGAUUCUUGACCAGCAGAACAUGACCCAAGAGGACCAUCACAAUGAGGCGCCUGUGGACAACCUCAGACUAGCCUCCAGCAACACCAACUUUGCCUUCAGCCUCUACAAGCAGUUGGCUUUGAAGAAUCCCAAUAAGAAUGUCAUCUUUUCCCCGAUGAGCAUCUCCAUCGCCUUGGCCUUCCUGUCCCUGGGGGCCAGGGACACCACCCGGACCGAGAUCCUCAAAGGCCUCAAGUUCAACCUCAAGGAGAUCUCAGAGAUGGAAAUCCACCAGGGCUUCCAGCACCUCCUGCGAACCCUCAGCCAACCCAGCAGCCAGCUGCAGCUGAGUGUGGGCAAUGCCAUGUUCGCCAAUGAGCAGCUGAAGCUAUGGGACCAGUUCAGGAAUGAUGCCAAGGCACUGUACGCCUCUGAGGCUUUCUCCACCAACUUCCAGAAUUCCACCGCUGCCAAGAAGCUCAUCAACGACUAUGUGAGGGAGAAAACCCAGGGGAAAAUUGUGGAUCUGAUCAGCCACCUUGACUCAAGCACCGCGAUGGUCCUGGUGAAUUACAUCUUCUUUAAAGCCAAGUGGGAGACGCCCUUUGACCCCCACGAUACUUUCCAGUCCAAGUUCUACGUGAGUAAGGGGCGGUCAGUGAAGGUGCCCAUGAUGAGCUUUGAGGACCUGGCCGCGCCCUACUUCAGGGGCGAGGCGCUGGGCUGCGCGGUGGUGGAGCUGGGGCACGCCGGCCGCCACAGCGCGCUCCUCGUCCUCCCGGACAGGGGCCGCACGCNCUGCCCCAGCGCACUGAUGCUCACAUUUAUCUUUCUCGUCUCCAGAAAAUCGAUAGAACUCUACCUGCCCAAGUUCUCCAUCUCCAGCCGCUAUAAUCUGGAAGCCAUCCUCCCCAAGCUGCGCAUAAGGAAAAUCUUCACCAAAAAGGCCGACCUGUCAGGAGUCACAGGGUCCAAGAACCUGACGGUCUCUCAGGUGGUCCACAAGACCCUGAUUAAAGUGGCCGAGACAGGCACGGAGGCAGCUGCUGCCACGGGGAUCAAAGUUAUUGUCAAGUCCAUAAAAAUUCCAACGAUCACUGUGAAGUUCAACAGGCCCUUUCUGUUUUCCAUAGUCUCCAAGGACACCCAGAGCAUCAUCUUCUUUGGCAAAGUCACCAACCCCAAUGAAACUUAG